GGUUUUGUGCCAACAAAAAUGUUUAGUAUUGAUAGAGUUUUUAGAAACGAAACUUUGGAUGCUACCCAUUUAGCUGAAUUUCAUCAAGUUGAGGGAGUCGUUGCAGAAAAAAAUCUUUCUUUGGCACAUGUUAUUGGACUUUUUACUGAAUUUUUUAGGAAAUGUGGAAUUGAAAAUCUUCGUUUUAAACCAACAUACAAUCCAUAUACAGAACCUUCAAUGGAAAUAUUUGCUUAUCAUCAAGGAUUAAAGAAAUGGGUGGAAAUUGGAAAUUCUGGAAUGUUUAGACCAGAAAUGCUUUUACCAAUGGGUUUGCCUGAUAAUGUUUGUGUUGCUGGUUUUGGAUUGUCUCUUGAAAGGCCAACAAUGAUUCGCUAUGGAAUUUCAAAUAUUCGUGAGCUUUUUGGACACAAAAUUGAUCUUCAAAUGGUCUACAACAAUCCGAUAUGUCGACUUGAUGUAAAAGAAUAA